AUGGACACUUGCGCUCUCUACCCACCCAACAGCCAGCGAUUCAGCGACGAUGUCAUUGCUGGAGUAGUCCAGCGUGUAAGGCGAUCCGACAGUCCCCACCGCCCCCACCCCGAUGAGCAGAAGCGAUUGCGAAAAUCACUCACUACCUCUAAGCACGCUCCAAGUUCAAGAGCCAAUGCACUUUACACUGCUGACAUUAAGAGAACGCUGCAGAAGUCACGGGCUUCCGGCUCAGGCACUCUUUGUCACGACGAAAUAGCCAAGACCCUCGCACAGAUUUUUCUCUCGGAGCAGGUGCGUCUGCGCGAGCUCCGCCGACUGCGGCAGGUUCGAUAUCGCAAGAAAAAAGGCGUCUACGUUGACAGUUUGGACGAGGAGACUCGUCGUCUUCGAGAAGUGAUCAAGGAACUCGACCAACAGCGUUGCGCGGUCUUCAACGUCGCUUCAACCGCCGACUCUGUCUGGGGCGCUGCAGCAGCAUAUUUCCGAGUCUUUCAACACGGAUAUGAUGGGACGUCCAAGCAGGAGGGUUUCGUGAGAUCCACUAUGGCUCCAGACGUUGCCUUGAACGUCGGAUAUGGCCCAGAAGCGUUUAUCAAAGUUUGGAAAUCGCUCACUGCGAUGUUUGAAGACGUCGAGUUAGAGCUGGUGAGUCUGGAUCAGCAAGACGCGGGAUCUCUUGUUGCUGCCACAAUAACUAAAGUCACGAUCGCUGAUCAUACGCUCCGCAAUGUGUUUCCCGACCUUCACAGCAGGGAAGACGCUGCCGGGUUAAAGUUGGUUGAGAAACUCCAAGGACAGCAGAUCUCGAUCCAUGGCACGACGCGAUUUUUGUGGGAUCCGGUGUACCGACGUAUAUCGAGUGUGAUGGCCCAGUCGGAUAUACUGACACCGAUGCUCUGUCUUGUAGGAAGUUUAGAGAACGUAUCUCUCGUGUUUAAGGGGGCUUCAGUCACCCUGGAUUUCUAA